AUGUCUCAAGACCAUGCUCAACUAGAUAGCAAUGUGAUUUGCCAGCACAUAUUCCCCAUGGUGCAUGCUGAUGCGACUAUUUGUGUAAAGGUGUUGCAAGGAUCGGUAGAGUCAGCGUACGGGUAUAAGGUGUCUUACAAGAAGGUGUGGCACACGAAGCAGAAGGCAAUCGCAAGGAUCUUUGGUGAUUGGGACGAGUCGUAUGACCAGCUGCGCAGAUACUUUAAUGCGCUCCAAGCUUUCGUCCCAGAGUUUAGGCAUUGCAAGCCACUGGUUUCAGUAGACGGAACACACCUGUACGGUAAGUACGCUGGCACACUUCUCAUGGGCAUAGCACAGGAUGGAAACAACAACAUUCUGUCCGUCGCUUUUGCCCUCGUCGAAAAAGAGAACACAGAUUCAUGGUACUUCUUCCUGACCAAUUUGAGGAGACAUGUAGCGACUAGGCCAGGAGUUCUUAUCUCUGACAAGCAUGCUGCAAUAAAGGCCGCAUUGGAGCGUAAAGGAUGUGGCUGGGAUCACAAUGUUUACUAUGUAAGACAUAUUGCCUCCAACUUCGCAACAAGUUUCAAGAGUAAGGAAGCUAAAAGACACCUGGUUAAUGCCGCUUAUUCGAAGACGCAAGAGCAGGCGCAGUACUACCUUGAGUUAAUUAGCAGCGAGGAUCAUGUAGCAUCGCCGCAGAUGAUGGGUUGCAUACGAGGGUUAGAGCCACCUAAAUGGAUGCAGCACCUUAAUGAGGGCCGACGAUAUGGUCACAUGACGACCAAUCUUUCUGAGUGUAUCAACUCCGUCCUGAAAGGCACUAGAAAUCUACCCAUCUGUGCAAUUUUCAAGUCUACCUACCAUCGCCUAAAUGAGUUAUUCGUCAUCAAGGGUCGGCAAGCACAAGUGCAGAUUGCAAGCGGUCAGGUGUUCUCACAAUUCCUGCAGAAAGCCAUAUUAGCGAACCGUGAGGGAAUUUCUCAGAUGCUAGUGAUGUCGUACGAUAGAGACACUACCGUAUUCACAGUCGAUGAGAUAGCUGCUGUAGGGGUGCAGUCUCUGUUUAGGGUUAACCUUCAGGCUCGUAGAUGUGACUGUGGAUACUUCCAGGCAUUACACUACCCAUGUGCUCAUGCUCUAGCCGCUUGCGCCUACGCGAGACUAGAGUGGAAAUAG